AUGACGACUGAAACUACCGUCUACAAAGGUUUUGAUUCCCAAAGCUUUCGUCUCAGCCCUCCAGCCACGUCUAUCCGUAUCACGCCCAGCACGGCAAUCAUCCAGGCACUUCCAAAUACCGACUACUGGAGGAUCCCUGCGAGCCCAGGCGAGGAAGCGGCGAAUAGGCACACGGGAGCGUUCUACGCUGUCCCUAUCGAUGGGAACAAGUCGUUCGAAGCGGGGGUUUGGAUCCAGGGAAAAUGGGGAGUGCAGUACGAUCAGGGAUGCUUGAUGGUCGUCGCGGACGACAGCGAUGGUGAGGAAUCCUCAUGGAUCAAAACAGGGGUAGAGAUGGACGAUGGGAAGCAAUGGAUUGGGGGCGUCGUUGCAUCCCAUUGGUCCGAUUGGUCGAUUGCACUCGCUUCCAAGAAUACGUCGCAACUCUCUGAAGACCCAUACUGGCUGUUUAUUCGCAUCGUACGGCUUGGGCCUACCGUGCGGGUAUUCCAUUUAUUUUCCCGCGAGCCAUUUGAUGUCCAGGGCGCAUCGCCGGAUCUCCUCAUGAUGAGGGAAGUGAAAGGGUUCAAUCACCAUUCGGUGGAUUUGUCUCAUCACCAGUGGCGGGUUGGAGUGAUGGUUUGCGGCCCAAAGAAUGACGCUGGCACUGAGGCUACGUUCAAGGAUUUCUACGUCAAGUAUUUGUAA